UGCGUCGUCUGUGUUGACGAUCUGCGUGUGCAUGCUAUAGUGAAGCACACCGCAGGCUGCACACCAUGUCACUCCCCGCUCUCUCUGGUACGUUAUUUCACUUUGUGGGUUUAGGACCAUUUCUUUCUAAAGCUUUUAAAAUCUUAUGCAGCUGGGCGCAUGAUCCCCGACUGCCAGCGGAUGGAGCGCAGCUGCUGUGCUGUGAUCUAAUCCGGUGGGAAGCUCGAGAGGGGCAGGAGGACGAAGAGGAGGACCAGGAGCCGUCUCAGAUUUUGGACAUCUUUGACGAACUCCUCCACGCCUUUGCGGCUGGCACAGCUUACAGUUGUGCCAAUAAUACUGAGGACUCUUCUUCCUGGAAACUAUAUGAAGGUGUCAGUGGGCAUUCCUAGUUGAGGAACUGGACUAGAGGCGGAUUUACACUCUGAUCAGAUUGAAACUGUUUCCCAAUCACCAGCAUCACACAGCCAAGAUGAAUUUAAAGUUGAAGGUGUUUGUUUCCCUGCUGUGCGUCACUGCCCUCUAUCUGUUAUUGGGAGGAUCCACGUCAGAAUACCUUCAGCUGCAGGACACAAGCCGCUGUGCUUGUGACAAAUGUCUGACAGAGAAUGAUCCGUGGCUUAUGCAGCGUUUAGACAAAUCUGUUGAACCAUUUUUGUCAGCAAACUACAAUCUCUCAGAGGAUGCUUUCAACUGGUGGAAGCGUUUACAGUUGGAGAGGCGCAAUUACAGAACCUACAAUACGACAGUGGACAGGUUGUUUCAGAUGUUUCCGCCCAGUCCAGAUCUGAUAGAGUCCAGCCCUGACCGCUGCAGGGCUUGUGCUGUGGUGGGGAAUUCUGGUAAUUUGAUUGGAUCACAUUAUGGACCUCUGAUAGAUUUCCAUGAUGUUGUUAUAAGAAUGAACACUGGUCGCAUCAAAGGCUAUGAAGCAGACGUUGGUAUCAAAACAACUCAUCGUAUCAUGUAUCCAGAGAGUGCCAUAGACCUGGAUAACUCCACUCAUCUUGUGCUGUUUCCAUUCAAGAUACAAGAUCUUGAGUGGCUCAUCAAGGCCUUCGGCACAGGAUUUUCUGGAAGGUCAUAUAUGCCAGUAAAAUCCACUAUCAAAGCUAACAAAGAUUUGGUAAUGGUGACCAACCCAGGUUUCAUGAGGUAUGUUCAUGAAAUCUGGCUGGAAAAGAAGGGCAAGUAUCCAUCCACCGGCUUUAUGGCAGUGAUUCUUGCCCUGCACAUUUGUGACGAGGUCCAUGUGUUUGGUUAUGGAGCAGACAGAGAUGGAAACUGGAGUCAUUACUGGGAAAAACUCAAAGACACAAAGUUGAAAACUGGAGUUCAUCCUGGAUCAAAUGAGUAUAACAUUAUCCUGCAGCUAGCUAAGCAACAAAAACUCAAAUUUUACACAGGGUGGUGAUCUUUCUCUCUCUCUCCCUGUCAGCACUUUAAGUAUUCAAGCCUUGAUAGCAAAUCAUUUACAAAACAAAAGAGGACUAUGAUGUUGAGGCCUUACAACUCAAGAGGCAACUCUGACUGACUGACUGACUCCCUUGCUGCACACAUUAUCCCUUCAUAAGCCCCUUUGACACAUGCACUGCAACCCUGAAAUUUUCCGGACAUAAUCAUUUGUGUGUGAACACAAAUGUCCAAAUCAGUCGGACUGGAUGUUAAAUAGACUUUACCCUGCCAGCUCCCUAAUGCAAAGUCUGGGAAUGUCUGAGUGAGCCCAUGUGUGAAUACAGCAGGUAAUUUUUCUGAGAAUUCACAGCGAGUGAGUGGGCAUGUUGAUGAUGUUUGUAUCGUAAAUGAAGCAGGCCAGCUAAGCUGCAUUGUUUUUGUCACAUCUUGCCUGGACUUAAGGUGUUUUUUUGGUGUUAUGUUG